AUGGCACAACUUCGAAGGACGUAUGGUGAUGUCUUCAGCUUAGCUAUCGGACCACGUACGGUGGUCGUAGUCAACGGGGUCGGUGCGGUCAAGGAGGCUUUGGUGGUUCACGGACGGCAUACAUCGGGCCGAACACCACCAGCCAGGGCCGUUACCAUUGACACUUCACUCGGCUAUUUUUGGUCGUCUGGUGACCUGUGGCGCAGCCAACGCAAAUUCGGACACGGGGUUCUUCGUCAUUUGAGCGGUCCGGGUCAGAAAAGCCUUCGGGCCGAGAUCGAACGCGAGGCAGCCGUCUUAUGCCAUGAGAUCGCCCAGCGGGGCCUACUCGGAGCCCCAUUGGAUGUAACCAUCCUGGUGAACAACGCAGUGGCCAACGUCAUGUGCUCUCUGGUAUUCGGGAAACGAUUCCAAUACGACGAUGCAGACUUUCAACGGAUGAUGGACCUAUCCGUUGACAUCCAGCAAGGAGGAUUCUCCGCUGUGGAGAACUUUUUGCCGUUUCUGUACAAGUUACCGUUUCUGUUCCGGCGAUCCAAGGGAAAGAAACGGGAAAUCUUGAGAUUCAUUCGGGACAUGCUGUUCCGCGGUCGCGAUGUGGUCAAUCAGGCGCAUGCGCAAAGUUUAGCGGAUCACUACUUCAUCGAAAUGGACCGACAAAAAAAAGUCAUCCAUUAUGACAGGAUUACAUUCAUACUCCCUGCCUCUUCCAAAGCUCUUCAUCAUUUGCAAGGAAUACGAUAUACCGAGCACCAUGUUAUCUCGGCCGCAUGGGACAUGUUCAUCGCAGGCGUCGAGACGACUGCAGUCACGCUCUCGUGGGCGGUACUUUAUCUGACAUUACACGCCGACGCACAGAAACAGAUUCAGAGCGAAAUUGACGAGGUUGGUGGAGGAAACCCACCCUCCUGGUGUAAUCAGAAGGACAUGCCAUUCACAAGGGCUGCCAUUAUGGAGAUACAACGGUGUGCAAACAUAGUGCCAAUAGCUUUGCCACACACCGUGACAGAGGAAUUUCAGCUGCGAGGCUACACCAUACCUAAAGGCUCAGUUCUGUUCAUAAAUCUCUGGUCUGUUAUGAAUGACCCCACGGAAUGGGAUCAGCCUCAGGAAUUCCGGCCUGAAAGAUUCCUGGCCAGUGAUCUGAAGGUGGUCAAACCAGAUGCAUUUAUGCCCUUCUCUGCAGGCCCACGGGUCUGCAUGGGGGAACAACUUGCCAAGAUGGAACUCUUUAUCUUCAUUACGAGUGUACUCCAUCAAUUUGACUUGACCCUUUCUGAGAAUGAGCCACACCCCUCUCUGGAUCCCCUACCUGGCAUCACCUGUGGGCCACCCCCUUAUCGGGUGUGUGUGGCAAGGAGACAGGUGUGUCAAUCUAAUCGUGACCGGGCGGAGCAACUCUAAAAAUAAAACAGCUUGGAACAGGUCC